ACACUACGCUUCUUGCCAACACACACAAACGCUGCAGUCUGGCUGCAUAUAAACACAGCACUGACUGUGGCUGUAACAGGACAUGCACAGCAGCACUGCGCAGUUUAAGUCAGGCUCUGUAGACGAGACGACACAAACAUGCAGCUGGUGUUAAGAUCUUUGCUGUUGUUGGCACUGGCCACACUGUUGCACGCCACCAAAGGGCGCAUGGUGUCAGUGAAUUUGGGGCGGCGUAACAAACUGAAGGACAAGACUGUGAGACUGAUCCUGGAUUCUUCAGUGCCAUUUCAGAUGGCCAGCCCGCCUGCUACAACCAUCGCCAACAUGUCUCUGUCGCCAUGGACGUACAGACAAUCCUGUAUAGAAUCCCGUUUACCUCAGCAGAUUGCUCAUGCUCAGUGUCUGACCACCGGCUGUCUGAGCCUGCAGGGUAACAGAGAAGAGGAUGCAUCCCUGGUGGCUAAACCUAUCUACUACCAGGUUUUGGUCCUCCACAGGGUCCCAAGGCACAAUAACAAAGGAGGGAGGAAGAGAAGAAAGUAUGACUUCCGGCUGGGGAUGGAGGUGGUCACAGUGGGCUGUACCUGUGUGAGGCCAAGUGUGGUACCACAGGGAAACAGAGGAGACGUCUGAUGUUAGCAACUGUCUCAGCAUCAAACUUCAACUUCUAUUAAGCAAUAUUUUUUUUUAGCUAUCACUGAAUGAAAUGACUUUGCAUCUUGUGAAAGAGCCUUCUGGUAGCUAGCGUGCUAGACGUUAGCUCUCAAUGUAAGCUGUCCUUUAACGUGUCAUAGCCAUAAGAGUUCUGAGAGUAUCAUCAAACAGCAAAGAGCUGCGUUUCUUUCCGCCUCCUAGUGGUGAAAAAUGUUUAAAGCAGCUUUAACCCAUCCUGUCAAACACUGCUGGAUGGUUUGUACGGUAGACAGUUUUAUUAUACAGUAGUCGUUAGACAUUUUACUCUAUUUCAUUUUCAUACUAUUUUAAAUUGUCAAUUUUUAUUUUUCUCGUUGCAGACCUGAAAUAUUUUACUCCUGGUCCGACCAUGUAAAACACUUUUUGAAAAGUGCUGUAGAAAUGAUUUUUUAAAAUAUUUUUAUUCAAUUCAAUAUUUACUGAAUGGAUUUUCUCUGGAGAACUGAGUCAUAAGGUGUUGUUGGAAAUACAUAUUUAUGCAAUGGAAAUAUUAUUUUAUUGGGGUGUGAGUAUGUUUUUAAACUUUGUCAGUUUUCAUCUUAUCUUAAGUUUCAUCGUUGCUUUAACUGGCAUUUUAUAAAAACCCUGUUCUUGUUUUAUUGUGAACAAUAUCAAAAUUUAUUAAAGUUUUUUUAUCUCA